CCGCUCGGUGGGGUGGGGGGGUUUCGGCAGGAGUUGGUCGUUUCAGUGAUCCUCGAGCCGCCAGCUGUACGCUUGUGCUGUCCGGCGGGUGGAGUUUGGCUGCAGUCCACAAGACAAAGACAAAGUGAUGGGGGACGGAGCGCUGCUGUACCGGAGCCGGACUUAACGUGGCUGAAGGCCUUUGUGACUCCUGCCGAGCUCCCGGAUCUUCACCACACAAGAAAAACCACCUGCUGUACCCAGCUGUUUUUGUCCCAGUGUUUACAUUGUUUCCGCCAGCGGGAGGCAUUUCUCAAACCGCAGAAAACAUCUGCAACAAGGGACAGGCAGUUUGUUAGCACACCUGCCUUAAUCGUAACCCCCCUCCCCUCCUUUUCCCGGAACUCUUCUCAGCUCAGUUUCAGAAUCCAGUUCGAGGUGAAUCUACUGAAAUACUUAACACUGCCCAAGAGGGCAACAACAAGGUGGUCUCCUGUUUUUGUAAUGAUUCGCAUUUCAGUGCAAGGAGAAGCUCCAUCCCCUAGUUAUCUUGAUGAAGACCUUUUUCUGACAAAAAGGUAAAGGCCACUUGGGGCCGGGAGGUGAAGACCUGCACCUCUUCUCACAUCUGCUCAAUCCUGGGAUUUUACACUGUUUUUGAACUGAACUCAUCCAACUUCAAAGAUGGAACUCUUCUUCAAUCCUUUUGAUAACUUGGUGUGUAUCCUGCUGGGCAUCUCCUUCACCGUGUGGUUCACCCUGCUGCUGGUCUUCAUUAUUGUGCCUGCCAUCUUUGGGGUGUCCUUUGGUAUCCGGCGUCUUUACAUGAAAACACUCUUAAAGGUCUUUGAGUGGGCCACACUUAGGAUAGAGAGAGGAGCAAAAGAAAAGAAUCACCUCCUAUACAAACCCUAUUCAAAUGCUAUCAUUGCCAAGGAGCCAACCUCCUUGGAGGAGGAGAUCAAGGAGAUCCGGCGGAGCGGCAGCAAUAAAGACCUGGACUCAGCCACUGAGUUUGAGUUAUCUGACAUUUUCUAUUUUGCCCGGCGAGGAGUGGAAAGCAUCAUGGAUGAUGAAGUGACCAAGCGGUUUACUGCUGAGGAGCUGAAGUCCUGGAAUCUGCUGACCCGGAGCAACUACAACUUCCACUAUAUCAGCCUGAGGCUGACUGUCCUAUGGGGGCUGGGCCUGCUGAUCCGCUAUGGUUUCCUGCUGCCUCUCAGGGUCACUCUUGCCUUCACUGGUGUAGGUCUGCUUGUGUUCCUCACCUCUGUUGUUGGGCUGCUGCCAAAUGGAAGGAUGAAGAAUUUUCUGAGUGAGAAAGUCCAUUUGAUGUGCUACAGAAUAUGCGUCAGAGCUUUGACUGCCAUUAUAACCUACCAUGACAGUGAGAAUAAACCCAAAAAUGGAGGCAUCUGUGUCGCUAACCACACUUCACCAAUUGAUGUCAUCAUCCUGGCAAGCGAUGGCUGUUAUGCUAUGGUUGGACAAAUCCAUGGCGGCUUGAUGGGGGUCAUUCAGAGAUCCAUGGUCAAAGCUUGUCCACACAUUUGGUUUGAACGCUCAGAAGUAAAAGACAGACAUCUUGUGGCCAAAAGAUUGAGCGACCAUGUAGAAGAUAAAUCUAAACUGCCUAUCCUCAUUUUCCCAGAAGGUACCUGCAUUAACAACACAUCGGUUAUGAUGUUUAAGAAGGGCAGUUUUGAAAUUGGUGCCACAGUCUACCCUGUGGCUAUUAAGUAUGAUCCCCGCUUUGGAGAUGCUUUCUGGAAUAGCAGCAAGUUCGGGAUGGUCAACUACCUUUUGCGUAUGAUGAGCAGCUGGGCCAUCGUCUGCAGCGUGUGGUACCUUCCUCCCAUGUCUAGAGAGGAGGGAGAGGAUGCAGUACAGUUCGCAAAUCGUGUUAAAGCAGCCAUAGCCAGGCAAGGAGGACUUGUCGAUCUCUUAUGGUAAGAUAACACUCUUUCAUUUUCACAUACACAUUCAAUGAAGGACAAGGCAGAAAAACGUGUGACUAUUCAUACCAGACACUGGAUCAUAGAAAAGCACAAGUGUAACCAAAAGCAAUAGCAAAACCUUACAAAAUAAAAGUUUUUUUUCUGUCAGUCACAUACACAAUCAUUGCUCCAGCUUGUUGGAGCUGUUAACCAAAUCCAUCCAUAAUUAUGUUACAUGUACUAUAGUCCCACACAGAUCAUUUUAAAUGUCUAAAAAUAGACUGGAUUUUCUUUACUGUUUCAACUGCAUCCAUUAGUUUCCAUGAAAUGCAUUGAGCAAAUUGAUGCAACCUAAUAACACUGCUUUCCUUUCUUUUUAUGAGCUAUGAACUACUGAAAUUUCCUUUAGUUACUACAGCUUUGUAGGGUGCCAUCUGAAUUACAGCUUAUCUGCUUGUUACAUGAUGAUGUCCCUCCUGCUUCCUUGUCCUCCUGUGGCGUUUGUUUAGACUCUUGUCUUUUUAAUGUACUGGGAUACUUUUUUUUUUUUAGUUAACAUAAACAAGCCCCUAAGAAUAAUCCAUGGUCGUUGUCAGUUUGUCUGGCUUUUUAUUAGCACUGGUUAUGUGCAGCACGCCUUUAAGCUCAGUUUGUAUCUACUGUAUCUACAGCCCAUGGGCUCACGGCUUGCCAGACACCAAAUAUUUUAACGCAUCAGAAAAGAAUCACUCUCAGGCUGACU